AGUUGAGGAAGAUCGAUUAAAAAAAAAUCACGAUGUCUUGUGGAACCAAAAGGCAGUCGUUUAAAAUUUGUCGAUGUGCGUGCAAAUGGCGAUGCCAAUGCCUAAUUCCACGCUUGAAGAAGCCUGGUGCUCCAUUCGGUACCGGAUCAGAACGCGACGCACACAUUGGAUUACACCCAAAAUUCUACACAAACGAUCCAGUGUCAUCAGUAGCAGUGGGAUCGUACGAUCCUUUGAUUCCUGAAAGCAAAUCCACUGGCAUCAGCUGGAAGAAGGAGUUGGAGUCUGAAGAAUUUUCGAGGACAAUGGGAGAAAGAGUAGAAGAAUAUGCGACACAGAGAUACUUGAUGAAGACAGGACGUGGUCCAGGAACUCACGAAAUACCCCAGUGGCCUGAUAUCAUCCUGAACGAAGCUUGCAAGGCUGUUAGAAGAGACGUUGGAUUUGGAACUGUUGCCCUUUUCCAACCUGCUUGGCCAUCGACUACUCCUGGGCCAGGCGAAUUAUUCGAAAUUAUUUCUUUAUGGAUAUAAGCUGCUCGAUAAAUCUUACUAACGCUCUUGAUUGUUUGUUUCAGGGUAUACAAGGAAGUGUCCUUAUUACUACGUGGACAAAAGAAGACGCGAGGGACAGUCUUGCAUGCCAACUUUUGAAUACGAUGG